ACCCGAGUAACAUCCCUAGAUUCACUGUCCUUAAAUAGUACCGAGGACAAUCUUUUUCUUCUGACAGUAUAUAUUACACUGCAUCUUUUCAUUUAUUCCUUACCAAAGGAAGAGGAAGAGUAUAUUCUGGGUAAAUUAACCAAUUAAUAAUAAUUAAUGGCGGCAAAAGGGCUACUCAUAUACCUCAUCACAUCCUUUCUUUUAGCAUUGUGUUCUCUUCAUUUCAUCAAUUAUUAUUACCACUCACAUCAUAAAGUUGUUGAUUCAAAACAAUUGGUUGGUCUUUCCUCUUCAAACUUCACUCUUCUACAGCAGAUCAGAUAUGCCUCCGAAGACAAGAUUUGGCCUGAAUUGAGGUUUGGGUGGAGAGUUGUGUUGGCAAGUGUAAUAGGGUUCUUGGGUUCAGCAUGUGGAACAGUAGGGGGGGUGGGUGGGGGUGGCAUUUUCGUACCUAUGUUAACUCUCAUUCUUGGCUUUGAUACUAAGUCUGCUGCUGCUAUUUCCAAAUGCAUGAUAAUGGGAGCAUCUGCAUCAUCAGUUUGGUACAACGUGAGGGUCCCACAUCCAUGCAGACAGCACGUGCCAAUAAUUGACUAUGAUUUGGCUCUCUUGUUCCAGCCCUUGCUUAUGCUCGGCAUCACCGUUGGUGUUUCUUUCAGUCUUGUCUUCCCACAUUGGCUUAUCUCUCUCCUAAUCAUCUUCCUCUAUUUAGGUACAUAUGUAUAUAGAUAUUAAUU